UCUGCGGGCUAGCAGCGCGGGCCGGGGAGAAGAAAUGGCCCGGCCGUUGAUCUGCGUGCUGAUCCUGGCAGCUGUGCAGCUGCUGGGCAUCGCCACGGUCUCCAGAGCGAAGGGCGUGCGGGGCCGGGAGUACCAGGCGAGACCGCGGAUCCCUGCACAGUUCGACGCCGAGGAGCGCACCGCGAUGAAAGAGGCGCUGAAAGCUGCUAUUCAGAUUCCAACCGUGUCCUUCGGCCCUGAGGAGUUCAACACCACAGCCCUGGCUGAGUUCGGAGAAUUCAUGCGCAGAGCCUUUCCUACAGUGUUCAACACCAGUUUUAUCCAGCAUGAAGUCGUGGGAGAGUACAGCCACCUGUUCACUGUCCAAGGCUCGGACCCCAGCUUGCAGCCCUACCUGCUGCUGGCCCACAUAGACGUGGUGCCAGCCCCCGAAGAAGGCUGGGAUGUGCCCCCCUUCUCUGGACUGGAGUCUGAUGGCUUCAUCCAUGGCCGAGGCACACUGGACAACAAGAAUUCCUUGAUGGCUACCCUGCAGGCCCUGGAGCUCCUGCUGGUCAGAAACUACGUUCCCCGAAGGUCUUUCUUCAUUGCUCUGGGCCAUGAUGAGGAGGUGUCAGGGAAAUAUGGAGCUCAGAAGAUCUCGGCGCUGCUGCAGGCCAGGGACGUCCAGCUGGCCUUCAUCGUGGAUGAGGGCAGCUUUGUCUUGGAUGGUUUCAUCCCCAGCCUCAAGAAGCCCAUUGCCAUGAUUUCAGUCACCGAGAAGGGUGGACUCGAUCUCUUGCUGCAAGUAGACAUGACACCGGGCCACUCUUCAGCUCCUCCAAAGGAGACGAGCAUUGGCAUCCUUGCGGCUGCCGUCGCCCGACUGGAGCAGACGCCGAUGCCGAACAUGUUUGAAGACGGGACCCUGGCGACGACACUGCAGCUACUGGCAAAAGAGUUUCCCUUCCCUGCCAGUAUAGUCUUGAGCAACCUGUGGCUAUUUCGACCCCUCGUAAGCAGGUUAAUGGAGAAGAAUGACAUAACCAAUGCAUUUAUUAGGACCACCACGGCACUCACGAUGUUCAACGCAGGGGUCAAGGUGAAUGUCAUCCCUCCAGUUGCCCAGGCCACAAUCAACUUCCGCAUUCACCAAGCACAGACCGUCCAGGAGGUCCUAGAGUUUGUUAAGAACGUCGUGGCCGAUGAGCGGGUCCAGAUGCAUGUGUUGAGUGCCUUUGAACCCCUGCCUGUCAGCCCCUCUGAUGAUCAGGCCUUGGGUUACCACCUGCUCCGCCAGACCAUAAAGUCCGUCUUCCCGGAAGUCAGCAUUGUUGUCCCAGGUACUUGUAUUGCCAACACAGACAGCCGCCACUAUCAGAACCUAACCACCAACAUCUACAGGUUCAACCCUGUCUACCUACAGCCUCAGGGCUUCAGUAGCAUCCAUGGAGUCAAUGAGAAAAUCUCCAUCGAAGCCUAUGAGACCCAGGUGAAAUUCAUGUUUGAGCUGAUCCAGAAUUCGGACAUUCAACCAGCGUGCAUUCCCCACCUGCACGAGCUGUGAGGCGAAAGGGAAGAUCAGCUGAACUAGCGGGGCCUGGUCCUGAGCCUGGGCAAAGCCCCGGGGGGAGAGCCAGGGCUGAGGAGACCUGCCUGAAGCCACACUUCACCCGUUGCCCACUGCCUUGCUCCCUCUGCCAUGAGGCCCGGAGGGAAGGAGGCGGCCGCACCCUGCCUUUCUGGCAUUACUGCCUUUUCAUCUCUGCUCAGGAAGGCAUCCAGCGUGGCUGUCUGAGCAGCCCUGACCUAAAGGCAGUUUCGAAACACCUCAGCCCCUGCUUCAUUUCAGGCAUCCUCGCAGGGUUGCCUUCUCCUCAGCUUGGCCAGUUUACACCCGGCGUAGGGCGUCUUCUAACUCUGGUACCACCGUGAUUGUCACAGCUGUUCAAAUAAAGUCAUCUCUGCACACCCCCUGGUCUCCGACGGGCAGAGCUGGGGGUGGGGGGGGAAGCUUUGGAGCACCCCAGCUUUGCUGGAGAGUCAAGCCUCUGCCCAUGGGCUUUGCUCCCUGCCUGCCCUGUGCCCGAGCCCUGCUGUGGCUGUCCCGUGGCAAUAUUUCUCAGGCACUCAUCUGUGGCAGUAUUUCUCAGGCACAUGCUGGCCAAGCUCCCGAGGACAGAGUAUUGGUGCCCGGGCUUCUAGGUGGAACCCAGGAUCAGCAGGGCGCUGCCGGUUCAGACUUAAUCAAAGGCCAAUGGAGCAGAUGGGGGCAUGCGUUGGGGGUUCUGUCCUAGGGGGGCAUGAGGAGGUACCAGCUGCCACCCUUGAGUGGAUGGCAGAGCUCUCCGGAGUGCAGCCCUGGGCAGACAGGGGUGAGCCGACAGCUGCCAAGUAUGGGCCACACACACAGCAUGUCCUGGCUCUAAGCUGGGAGACGCGCU